UUGGCCUACUGUGUUCAUCCAGCUUCACACUUUAUUAUACUGAUAGGAUGGGUUGCUUUCCUACAUGGUGAUGGACUACUUGAAUGUUGGGGCUGCAAUUAGCCAGGUGACUGAGUAUUCCGUCAAACGUCUGGCUUGAAAAUAUUGGAAAGGCUUUGGGAAGUCUGGAAGUGAGGUGCUGCAAAAUUCCCAUUGGCUCUGACGUACAAACUGUGUUGCUGCGAGAGUAUUGUUACUCUGGAUCAGUUUCUGGUCAAAGAUAAGUGCCAGGGUGUCGUUGGGAGAUUUAACAAUGUGAUGCCGUUGAAUGUCAAGGGACAAUAGAUCCAUUCUCAGACGAAAUGUUACAGAAUGCUGGAUCAUUGACUGAAAACAUGAAUUCUUUAUCUCUCCACACCUGCCGCUCUCCACUAUUUCUAUUAUUUUCUGUUACUAUAUGUUAAUUGGUGGUGGUGCGAUUGAUGGCUUCCUUUUGUUAUCCUUACUUUCGUUGACUGCUUAUGUUUUACGAAGAGAAGCAAUUAGUUGGCAACUUUAACAUUUUAUACUGUGAUUAAACCAUUGCCUUUUUAUAAGAACAGUAAAUAAUAUUAUUCUUUAUCUAGUCUAUUCAUUAGAACAUUUUUGCUUUAACUUUACCAAAUGCACUUAUUCGCUCUCACAGCGGACUCGAGGAUUCAUUAUUGUUUAAUCAGUCUCUGAAAAUGCUGGUAAAGGGGAUACCGAUCUGGUAGAUUGACCUGGGCGGUGUCUGACUGAUCUGGAGUGGCCCCCUGGAGGUGGGGAAGACUGGAUUCUGACUGAAGCAGCAGUUGUGGACUGAGACGAGAUUGAAUAGUUGAGCUGGCAGGCUCCGCCCUCACCAGCUCUUAUAGGUACAUUUUCAGGAAUUCGACAGCAUUUAUUCCCCAAGCGUUGGGCCGCAGCAGCUGAGACGACAAAGCGAAGACGUUAUUGUGACCUGGACCGAUUUCAGAUUUGGUGAGGAGCCAGGGACCCGAGGCGGAGUUUUGACUGAAGUCUGGGCGGCCAGCGGUACAGGCAGGUCAUGGAAUGAAGCUAAAAGAGACCUAGAAGUUGAUGCCUUUCUCAUAACACGGUGUCCAAUUUUCCCUGGAAAGAUGGGUUCCUCAAAUUCUACCGACACAACUGUUCUAUUUAAGCAGGAGGAUCAUUUUGGGUAUCGAAUACCUGCAUUGCUCCACAUUCCAGAUACAGAUGUGCUUCUGGCAAUUUCUGAGAAGAGGUUAGGUCCCAAGGACGAAAAUGCUGAUACACUCAUGCUCCGAAAGGGCAUAUACAAUAAGUUUUCAAAGAAUUUUGAGUGGGACGAUGUAACAUGCAUUGAGUCUGCGCAGCUACAUGAUCACCGAUCCAUGAAUCCUUGUCCUGUCUAUGACAAAGAAAAAUGCACCAUUUUCCUCUUCUUUAUUGCUGUCUAUGACAGCGUGACUGAGCAAGAGCAACUACUCUCCGGGAGAAAUUUCACACGACUUUGCUUUGUUACCAGCACGGAUAAAGGAAAGACCUGGAGCACUGCUAUUGAUUUGACAGUUUGUCAGUUAGGUCAGCGCAUUAACAAGUGGGCAAUGUUUGCUGUGGGACCAGGUCACGGUAUACAACUCAGGUCUGGACGCCUCAUUAUUCCAGCUUAUGCUUACGAGAAGAAGCCCGGUUGCCAGUGUCGGGCUUUCACCUUCUAUAGUGAUGAUCAUGGAAAGAGCUGGAGAGUUGGGGACUUCAUUUCUAAAGAGGAAUGUGGUGAAUGCCAGAUGGUGGCGAUGCAUGGAGGCCGUGGACCUGAAAUUGUUUAUUGCAAUGCUCGGAGCAUUAAGCAUGGUAAACACCAGUAUCGUGUGCAAGCUUUUAGCACAAAUGGUGGAGGUGCUUUUACAGAAGGGUGUCUGGUAAAAAAGCUUGUUGAACCACCCAAUGGUUGCCAUGGCAGUAUCAUCCAUUUUCAUUCAUCAAAAAUUUCACACAUGAACAUUUAUCCCGUCAUUAAAAAACAUCAUUUUCAGCAGGAGAAAGGCACAUCAAAGUUAGCAAAAGAUUUUGAAAUUAUAUUAUUCUCACACACAACAAGCAUGGAAUCACGUAGUGAUUUAGGAAUCUAUCUUGGGACUUACCACGGUCAUUCUCCUACCUGGACAGACCCUUGGGUCAUUUGUCAUGGUCCUUGCGCCUACUCAGAACUGGCUUUUAUAGAAAUUCCUGGGGAAGAAAUUCCCCUUGUUGCCUGUUUGUUUGAAUGUGGAUCUGCAUCUGAAAGUGAGCAGAUCUCAUUCACUGUAUUCCAAGUUGAUGAGAUUAUUAAGAACAUUUUAGAAAUAAAACCUCAUGAUAAUUCUCAUUGCUAAUCAUCAGAAUAUUCACUAACAUCAAGAUUGUAUACUACUUGGGAGGAAAAGCCUGUGCUUUAGUUGUUUAUAGUGUAGUUGCAACUUGCCCAAAGUUGGUUUGGAAAAAUGACCAAAUAUUCAGAGAACUGAUCAUUCCAUUUAUGCAAUAAAACCCGAUUUGAAACUC